AUGGACAAUCACACAAUACCCCGCCUCGGUGGCUCUCUCACUAUGCAACCCUCCGAGGGAGCGUCCGGGGAGGAAAGGGGAAGUCGUCGGAAGCGCAUCAUCACAGCUGCACGCCGAGAGCAGAAUCGAGCGGCACAGAAGGCGUAUCGACAUCGGAUCAAAGAGGCUCGGCAGAACGCCAUCACGAACCACGUCAAGGGUCCCCAUCACCUCAGCGAACUCAGACCGCGGUACCCUCCGCCGGACAGCAGCACUCAGGACGGAGGACCAGUUUCGGCCCUCAAUUUGAAUACGGAAACUAUUGCUACUGUCAACCUUGGCCCAACAUCCGGACUGGCGGCGGCCCGCCCAUCCAAAGCCUCGAAGCCCGCAUCCAGCACAGGAGAAUUGAAGCUCUCAGUGUCUGCACUCCAUUCCGUGGAACAGAGUCGUUCCUCGGUCAGUUCGGGUGUCCUACCAGAAGUCCAUCCAGGACCACAUACGUUAUCAACUGUGCUAUCUGAGAGCAGAGCCGGACAGAUGCAAUGCCCCCCGGAUGCGCGGCUGGCCCCUGCAGACCCUCUUGCCAACACCAUCCAAUUCAGCCCAGUGCAGACCGUAACAGCGGCACUAAACAACGCCCGUCGACUGCGACUGAACCUGAGCCGGCUUCUCACCAGCGACUACAUCUCCCCAUUCUACCAAAACUCUCUUCCCUCACAACAACAACAGCCACAAGCCAACGCUGAUCCUCGAUCUUUAUUGCUGCAGCAGCCGCAGCAGCAAACAUCCCACCAUUGGAUCCCGCCCGACCUCCAACCGACCCUCGCCCAGGUACUGUACCCGCACCACCCGUUCCUCGACCUGCUGCCGUUUCCGCUCCUGCGCGCCCGGGCCAUCGUGAUGGCGACCUUCACGCCGCGGCACGUCUUCGACCUGGCCGACUUCAAGAACGACAUCGUGACGCACGGCGGGCUGGUGUGCUGGGCCACGAACGCGCGCGGGCAGCCCUGGGAUCGGCGCAAUUGGGAGGCCACGCCGUGGUUUCUCGACAAGUGGAGGGUCUUGGUGGACGACGGUGAUGAUGGCGCAGGGAUCUGGAGCCAGAGUAGUUGGUGGUGGACGAUGAGGGCUGUUUCGGAUCGUGUGGGGACGUGA